AUGGACUCUACUCCAAUAGCAACAACUCCUUCCCACACCGAAUCAUCUUCUUUCCGACGAACGGUCUCCUUAUACGAUUGGUGGCUCGUUAAAGCCAAAAACGACUUCCAAGGAAAGCGUUUAGCCGUCGCUGGCGUCUCUUCCAGAAAGGAUGAGGCAGUGCGCGUGUUUGUUUCUGCUCCUGUUGUCAAACGAUGCCAUUUUUUUUCUCUGGAGACUGUGGAUGGGAUAUGCGUUCUUCUCAGUGGUUUCAUCAACGCGCAGCGCACGCUCGAAAAUGGUUUCACCGCUCAGGUUUGCAACCGUUUUUUAAUUGGCUUUCCUCGAGACUGGGAAACUCUAGUUUGCUUCAGAGAAGUAUCAAGCACUGGCACUGAUUCGGGUAGUGCUUUUCCUGAUUAUGUAUCAGCAACUAGUCCAGAAAUCUUAUCUGAUGUUGUGGAAAAAUAUGUCCCUACUUCUUUGACAUCAGUUGAGGAGACCCCGGGAGAUCGUGAGAAGUCGUUCCCUAAAAGUGAAUGCGAUGUCUUGAAGGAGAUGGGUGGGGCUAAUGUUGCUUACGAUAGUGGCGGGAAUAGACAUAGUGCCAGGUUGCAUAGUAUAAGAGUAUGUGAGCAGAAGCAGCAGCUGGCUCUUAUAAGCAAAUCUGAGCAGAUUGUUAAAGUAUCUGUGUCCAGAAUUUCUAGAACUUUGUCAGCAAAGUCUGAAGGCUGUUAUAAGAAAAAGAGUGUAUCAGUUGAAACAAAAGUGGGCAGGGAUAAGAAAAAACUGAUUGAAUCUCCAUCUGCUGUGAAAAAUCUGCAAGAAAAGGAUGUAAGCCACUUGAUCAAGGGAAGCAAACAGAAUUAG